CUUCCUUGUCAACUAAGUUUCUUCACUCUCCACUUCAUAAUAUCAACUUAAUUCUAAACAAUUAGAAAGAACAAGUUAUACAUGUCUCCACAAACAUACAUAAUAUUAAUUGUUUAAGGAAAAUAUAUUAUUUAGAAUAUUAAAUAUACCGGAAAAGUAAUUAUAUGUGUGUGGGCGGGUACCCAUGGGUCGGGUUUACUUAAACCCAAACCCAACCCGACCCGGUGAAUAGUGUAGCGGGUUUAAACCCGAACCCGGCCCAAAACCCGUCAACACGGAUUUUAUCCGCGUUGACCGAAUCCGUGUUGACCGGAUUGGGUCGGGUGGGUACCCGUGGGUUCGGGUUUUGUUGCCAUCCCUACUCUUCUUCUUCGAUGGUGGCUGCAUAUGCUCGAUCGUCCAGACUGGAUGAUGCGAUGAGAAUUUUUGAGCAGAUGCCUGAUAGGAAUACUGUUGCUUGGACUAGCUUGAUGGCUGGUUUUGCACAAAAUGGCCAGAACUACAGUACAUUGGAACUAUUUAAGCAAAUGCUGGAGGAAGGGGUGGUGCCAAAUGCUUUUACUUUUGUUACUCUUUUGGGCACAUGUGCAGAUUUAGCACUUCUGGAAGGAGGCAAACAGAUUCAUGGGCACUUAUUUAAGUUUUGCAACCGAGAACAUUUUGGUAGCAUGUAUGUAAACAAUGCGUUAAUGGACAUGUACUGCAAAUGUGGAGAUAUGGGAUCUUCUAAGUCUUUGUUUGAAGGAAUGAUUGAGAAGGAUGUUGUGUCCUGGAACUCAAUGAUUACAGGGUUUGCACAAAAUGGACUUGCAGAUGAAUCACUCAGUGUUUUCAGAGAGAUGGUUCAGGGCAAGGCAAGGCCUAAUCAUGUUACAUUUCUCGGAGUGUUAUCAGCUUGUGGUCAUACAGGAUCACUCGCUGAAGCCCUUCAGAUUCUGGAACAGAUGGAGAAGGAUUAUGGUAUUAGCCCAAGAUCGGAACACUAUGCAGUCUUGAUUGAUUUAUUAGGUAGGAAAAACAGACUGAGUGAAGCAAUUGAAUUAAUUGGAAAAGCACCUGGUCUGACAAACCAUGUGGGGAUGUGGGGUGCUCUAUUAGGUGCUUGCCGGAUCCAUCCCAAUGUUGAUCUUGCCAUGAAAGCUGCAGAAACUCUGUUUCGCUUGGAACCGAGUAAUGCUGCACGAUAUGUCAUGUUAAAUAAUAUUUAUAUAGCAGCUAAUAAAUGGAGUGAUGCUUGUAGAGUAAGGAGGGCGGCAGAGGAAAAAGGUAUAGUGAAAGAUGUAGCUUAUAGUUGGAUUGAGGUGAGGAAUGAGAGGCAUGAGUUUGUGGCCAAGGAUAAAGCUCACAAUCAGAGAGGGGAAAUAUAUCAAGUGAUUUCUCAACUUCUUGAUCAUAUGAUGGGAGCUGGAUACCGUUAUUGUACAAGUGACUGUUAUUUUGUAGGAGGAGAUGAUGCUGUAGUUUUGUAGGCUGUCUCUUCUCUAUCCGCAGAAGAAAUACGGCGGAUGACAUUCAUGCUAUGCAGCCAGCUCAGCCAAUCUGGACUCAUGAACAGGUUGAUAUAACACAUCUUGAACCACCCUUCCUGUAUCCAGUUAUGCUUUUGUUUGCAGCAAUCUUGAGUAGUACUUAUGAACUUUUUCAUGCGAGACAGGAGGAGCUUGUUUUUUGACAUGUUCAGUUUUCCUUCCAGGAAGAAAACUUGCAAUCUACCUCUUAUCAUUGCAAAAUUUAGAUGGUUAAUAUCGGUGCAUUGGAUGAGAAAAGGGAAGUUGCUAGGAAUAUUGGAAAUCGUCAAUAUCAUGCCUCUUUUCUGAAGGUGCAUGAGCUGAAGUAUUUGUGUCUCCAUUGGUGAUCCCUCUGAUGUUUGUGUAUCUUUGACUAUGGAGGUAAUGAUGGUAUCUUUCUGGCCCUUAUUUCAGGUAUUUGCUCAAAUUAUAGUGCUUAAGAGCUACAUCAGCAGCUACAGUGGCCUCAUUGUCAUUCUUCUUUUUCGUUUUUUAGCAAUAGUUCUUCUUCUUGAUACUCGUUCUAUUCACAAUUGUUCAUGCUACUGUUGCUCUUUAUGAAUCUCCAGAAUAGAUAUCUGAAGCAUAGAUUUCUGGCACUGCAGAUGUGGUUCUACAGAAACAAGUUAAAUUGACCACUUAUACAAAGUCAGAUCAUGGAAGGCUUCUAAACCCUGAUUGAGGUGCAUUUCUCUGCUGAGAAUAGCUUGUUUCAUAAUCUUGGUGAACCACCAUGUCUCCAUGAUAUUAACAGUGGCCAAUUCAAGUCUUGUGAGCGUUCAGAAUGCAGAGAGUAUCCACAGUUUUAAGAACUUUAUGCAGUUUUGCACUACAAGGUCUGCUGCUCAUGCUACUUUGCAACAAAGCUUUAAAACUCAAGGUACAUACUCUACAUCUUGGCUGAUUACCUUAAAAUCAUCUCUAAUUUCUACCCCAACUCUAUGUGUUCCUUCUUCAUCAUCAUGUUGAAUGUUUCCCUAUUGACUGAAUGAAAUCUAAAAUGCCUUUCAAGUGACACUGAUGGAUGAUUAUACGUAAACGGAAAUAACUACGACGAGACUCGAGAGCAUCCUGGGCCGUACACCUAGAACCUUAGGAGGUCCUUUUCCUCGAGCUUUGUUGAUUCCAAAGUAGGCAAUCAAAGUCAACAGUGGGGCUAUACCUCUCGAUUUGAAAGACCUUUUAAACCACAUAAAAGAUCAGCUCUCCAGCCUAUCUUGCUUUCUAACUAAAACUUGUUGACAAUUCUCUGGUUCUACUUUUAGCACACGGCAAAGGUUAGGAAUUCCAGCAAAAUGACCCAAACUUUCUACCUUGAAAAUAUACCCGUGAUCUUUUGUGUCAAGUGCAUGCUGUGCUGAGCCAAAGUUGCUAAUUACUAGGGCCCCGUUUUGACAAUACCUUGGUUAGGCUAAUGGGUUAUUAGUAUAUUUGGCAAGGUAAAUGGAUGCAUUAGGUAUAUAUGAAGGUUGUCAAAGCGGUUUCUACCGUUACGCCAUGAUACAACCAGUUUAUAUGCCAGUUUUAAGUUUUAACAAAGUAUAGGACAAAGU